AGUAGCUAACUAGCUAGUUUUGCAAACAGCAGAAGAGAUAGGGAGAGGAGAAAGCAUAAGCUAAUAAGCAUCCAUCAAUGGCGGAUGCUGUCAACAAGGAGGCCGAGGGUCGUCUGACGCUGCUGGGCCUGCACGUGAGCCCUUUCGCGCUUCGCGUGCGCAUGGCGCUGGACCUGAAGGGCCUGAGCUACGAGUACGUCGAGCAGGACCUGUUCCACAAGAGCGACCUCCUCCUCACCUCCAACCCCGUGCACAAGAAGGUCCCCGUGCUCAUCCACAACGGCAAGCCCAUCUGCGAGUCUCUCGUCGUCCUGGAGUACCUCGAAGAGGUCUGGCCCGGGCCGCCCGGCACCGGCACCGGCGCAGCCAUCCUCCCCGCUGACCCCUACGGCCGCGCCGUCGCUCGCUUCUGGGCCGCCUACAUCGACGGCAAGCUGUUCCCGGCGUGGGUAGACGUCAUGAAGGCGGCGACGGAGGAGGAGAGAGCGGAGAAGGUGAAGGAGACGCACGCCGCGGUGCUCAACCUGGAGAAGGCCUUCGCCGAGAUCACCUCCAGCAACGGCGGCGGCAACGACGACGGUGCGGCGGCGGGCUUCUUCGGCGGCGACUCCGUUGGGUACCUGGACCUCGCGCUCGGGUGCUCCCUGCCGUGGUUCGGGGCGCUGCGCGCCAUGUUCGGCGUCGAGGUCAUCGACGUUGCUCAGGCUCCGCUGCUGGCGGCGUGGGCCGAGCGGUUUGCGGAAACCGCCGUGGCCAAGGAGGUGCUGCCGGAGCCGGACCAGGCUGUGGCGUACGCCAAGAAGAUUCAGGCUUACUGGGCUUCUGCUGCUUCUGCUAAAAAGUGACGCUGUUCAGAAUUCAGAGUACACUGAGUCCUGUAAUAAUAAUAAAUUGAAGCAGAAAUCUCAAGAGGAUCAUUCUGUACCUGUAAUGAAGAUUAUAACUUUGUAAAUCUGUCAUUUACCAGCUAUCGGUAACAGGAUUUCAUCAUGGCA